GCAAUUCCUACGCCAAGGUGGGGUUGAUGUUCAACUUCUGUAAUCUGCAGUAUUUCUCAUCAAUAUUAUUCAAUCAGUAUCAGAAGUUGUACAUCAUCCCUGCCAUUAAUGACUACUGGAAAGAACACAAACAGAAAUGUUGGAAAGAAAGAGAGAACAAAGAGGUUAUAUUGAGUGGUGAUGGAAGGAAUGACUCGCCUGGCCAUAGUGCACAAUAUUGUACUUACAGCUUGGCUGAUACCAAUGAUCGUGCCAUACUGCAAAUGAAUGUGGUUGAUGUGAGAGAAGCUGCUGGUAAGAGCAAUAAUAUGGAGAGGAUUGGGUUUGAAAAAAAGAUGGACACACUGCUUGCACCACCAAUAGUUAUGAAGGAGGUGGUAACUGAUGGUCAUAUUGAAAUUGCUGCAUUGAUGAAAAGGGAAGAGAAAUAUAAGGAGGUCACACAUCAGAAUGAUGUGUGGCAUGGAGCAAAGAACAUUGCAAGGAAAAUCACUACUGCUGCUAAAUCUACAGACAAUGCAGAUUUGACCUUGUGGGCACCAUCAAUAAGGAACCAUUUUUGGUAUUGUUCAAAAACAUGUGCUAAUGACUCAAAAAAUCUCAAAGAUAAGUGGAUUGGUAUUUUACACCAUGUUGUUGAUGAGCAUGAGUGGGUGUUGGAGGAAGGUGUAAAUGGUGGAAAAUGUGAACAUGAUCCUCUUAAUGAAAGUGAGAGAAAGAAGCCAUGGCUUAAGAAAGAGUCUUCUGCCCAUAAAGCACUGGCAAAGAUCAUUCUGGACACUCGCUUUUUAAACACUUUGGUGUAUUAUGUUAACUUCAGAAACCAGCUUGCUGCCUUGAACUUUAACCACCACAGAGGCCGAGCACCAGCAACUACAGCUGAUGGGAAAGAAAGGUACGGUCGGAAGUUCAGUAAGCGUACACAACAGUGGUGCCGUGUUCGUGUUCUUGUACCAAAAGAAUUUAGUUACAUUCCUGAACUGAUGCAGAAGGUUUUUAUAAAGAGGAUCACAUCAGAUGGGAAUGUAAACAAAAGACUUGGUAUUCCAAGUGAUGAUCCUAGACAAAUUGCACCCAAUAUUGCCCCUGUUCCUCCUCCAUCAGUACAGACACUUGUCGACACACAUAAAACAAGAUUUUAAUGGUUGUGUGUAAAAUCAAGUUACUUUGGGCAUGCUGACGAGUUCUGAUAUAGAGCGAAACAGCCAUAAAUUUAAGAGCCCAUUAUCAAUGAAAUAUGGCACAUAAUAUCUUAAAU